GCAGCAGGUCCAUUCGCACACGGACGAGCCAGGACGAUGAUGCGGACGGCGCUGGCCCUGCAGCGCAUGCGGAGGGUGCUGCGGACGACCAUGACCCCGCGCCGCGCCAAGGACUUCAUUCCGGCGGCCAUGACGUGGCGCCGCAGCGUGCUUUCCAUUGCGCUCUAUCUAUCGCUUGCGUUCUACGCCAGCGGCGCGAGCGACGGUGCCCACGGCCGCCAGCUUUUGCAGCGCUUGGAUCAGUCGUGCGACGUCGACGACGAGUGCCAGGCGCUAGGCCAUCGCUUUGGCUGUGUCGAACAUGCCUGUGUCGAGCAAGGCCUCUUCCCGCUGCAGGCUACCGACAUCUAUGGCACAAUUGGCGCCUUCCUCUGCGUCAUCGUCUCGUCCGGCGGCGGGCUUGGCGGCGGCGGUCUCCUCGUGCCACUCUACAUCAUCGUCCUGGGGAUGACGUCCCACGACGCGAUUCCGCUCUCCAAGGCCACAAUAUUUGGCAGCGCGAUUGCGAGCAUGUUGUUGAACUCACGCAAGACGCACCCGCUCGACCCCGACCGACAACUCAUCGACUACGAAGUCGUCGUGAUGAUGGAGCCCAUGACCCUCGCGGGCACGAUCAUCGGCGUGCAUAUGAACAAAAUGUGUCCCGAGUGGCUCAUCACGGUCCUCCUCGUAUGGCUUCUCUCCAGCACGAGUCUGCGCAUGAUCACGAAAGGCAAGUCCGUUUGGAGGGCGGAAGCUGCCAAAGAGAAGGCGCUUCUGGCAUCGGUCGUUGCUCAUUGGCAGUCGUUGGUCGCAGCGCGCCGCUUUGGCGCCGCCGUCGUUGUCGCUGCUCGCAAAUGGCGUGCGCUCAAGGCACUCAAGGCGCUCGAAGCUGAGGCCACAGCUGUUGCCUUGUCGAUCAAAGACCACUCGAUCACAAUCAACCUCCAGGAAGCCGACGAGGCAACCACGGCCUCGUCCGACGACGACGACACGAUCAACGACGCGUACGAUGACGACCACGCGUCACUCCUCGGACGCGCAACGACGACCAAGAAAGCCCAUCUCUCGCUCUCGAGCUUACUCGCUUUUCGGAAGUUUGUGCCGUGGGGCGACCUCACGAUCCUCUUCUUCGCAUGGUUUGGUCUUCUCCUCUUCUCGAUGCUCAAGGGCGGUCAUGGCGCGCCCAGCGUCAUUGGUCUCGAUUGCGGCAGCGCCGCGUACUGGCUGCUCACGACGCUCUCCCUGCCAUUCUUUGUCGGCGUCACGGCCAUCUUUGGCCUCAAGAUCGCCGCACGCCACGAAGCGCUGCAGGCGUUUGGCUACAAGUACGUCGAAGGCGACAUUGUGUGGACGAAGCGGACCACCGUGCUGUACCCGGCGCUGUGCACCGUCGCAGGCGUCGCCGCCGGGCUCCUCGGCAUCGGCGGCGGCAUGGUCAAGGGACCGCUCUUGCUCGAAAUUGGGCUGCACCCGCAAGUCGCGUCGGCCUCGUCGUCGACCAUGAUUCUCUUUACAUCGUCGGCCACGACGCUGCAGUUUAUCGUGCUCGGGAUGCUGCCGAUCGAGCGUGCGCUCUGGUAUGGCGUCGUCGGCUUUGCUGGCGGCGUUGUGGGCCAACUCGGGCUGAGCUACCUCAUCAAGAAGUACCGCAAGACGGCCUUUGUCCUCUUUAUGGUCGCCGCUGUGAUCGCCGUGAGUGGCGCCGUCAUGGGCGUCCUCGGUCUCCGCGGCGUGGUUGUGCAUGGCUUUGGCGGGUUCCGGUCCCUCUGUCAAGCGUAAACGCUGAAAUCUUAUACGACCCAAUUUACGAUAAGAUCUGGGUUGAUACUACGAGGUAUGUUUAGUCUAUGGGACA